AUGGAGCGGGAACCGAUCGAGGCAGCCCCAGGAUUCUCUAUUCGUUUGAGAGAAUUAUCUGCGAAGGAAACCAAGGAGUGCCCUAGUCAAAGGUUCUGCUUUGAUGUUUCGGUUUCCCCGCUGGUCGCCAACUCUGAGUCUGAUAACAACGAUUCUCCUUGGCCUGGCAAUGUCGUGGACUUCGGAUUCAAGAUCUACAAUCGAUUGAGCUUGGCCGAGAAAGAGUCGUACGAUAAGGCUGUGAGUAAAUUUGUCGAAGCCGGCUACUGGGUGCCGAUCGAUGACGAUGCUGUAAUCCGUGACACCGCUGCUCCAAAGGUGGUCAGCUUCCCUGUUAAGCAGGUUGACGACUCCGUUCCUGACGGUCCUACUAAAGUAACCAGUUUCAAAGUUAGACCGGUCAUUCAGGCCGUUGGAGUCAAUCGUGUUAUCAAGGCUGGAGGGGCUAGAAAAGCUUCCUACUCCGGCGACUCUGUUCCUGAGAUCCUACUGGGUCUCCGGUUAAAUUUUUCUCGUGCUGGAGAAGGUCACUUAGGCCUUCUCUCCCUCGAUGUUGGUAAAGCUUUUUAUCGCUUCCAGCUGAUGGCACGGUCAGAUUCAAAUGGAGAUGCAGUGUCAUCCCUUGGUUACCUCUAUAUCCGAGGCGCAGGCCGAUGGUAUCGAUGCGAUAGGCUUGCAUUCGGACUUCUGCACGGUCCGGCUUCGCUCCAAUCCGGCAUGUCUACUCUUCUCCGUCUCGCCGGGAAACUGGAACCUAGCCUCGCAGAGUUGCCAGUUUACAGCUUCUAUGAUGAUAUAUUGGUUCUUAUUCCUAUCAAUAAGGUUCCGCGCUAUCUCUCUACUAUUUUACCUCUAGCUGAACGGGUCGGUUUGGUUAUCCCUUCCGAUCAAAUCGCUCUUCUUAGCGAUGCCGCACAUAGUGUCUGCGGCACUACCUGUGAUGCUGGGUGGGGUCUACGUCUCGGCAAUCUGAUGCGCGUUAGGCGGAAUAGCCUUCACAUCAGGUGUUUGGUCAAGAAGAUCGACUUCGUCAAGAAGUUUGAACUUGUAGCGGGCAAGACCACCCGGCGAGAUGUGCGCAGGCUUACUGGAUUAUCUCAAGCCGGGAAUAUUCUUCGUCUGCAUCCAGUGCGAGCCUUAGCGUCUUCAGCUGUUAGCAAGAUCGUAGCUCGACUUCCUCCUUUGGGUGAAUGGGAUUCUCCUUCACUUUUAUCUGAAGACUCAGCUCAAUAUUGA